AUGGGUUUCUCUACUGUAUUGGUGGUGAAAACACCGGUUUCAAAGGACUACGGGCGCUUUUUCGAGGCCGUUUUCGCUCAAUUGCCUUCGUCUCACCCAGGCGUUGAUAUUCUUGUGGCACAGCCGCCAAAACAAACAAAAGAGCUCAACUUCGUGCUUGCCCAGUUAUACAACCAGGUGAGAGGUCAUGCCAACAAAGGCAAUUUCUCCUUCAAAUUCGGCAUCAACGUGAUUUUCCAAACAGAGGGAUCCGACUGGGAGCUAGCUUUUGUGCCUAAGGGCGAGUCGGCUGAAUUUGGCUUAUCAGAUCGGGUUCUCACUGUGGAUGCAGAUAUCAACACAUUGGAGACACCAGAUUUUGCGUCUUUUGCUUACCAGCAAUUUGCCGUUAGUGCAGUGGGUGGAACUUUUGACCACCUUCACGAUGGUCACAAGAUCUUGUUGCAGAUGGCGGCUUUUUUGACGAAAAAGCACCUUAUCGUUGGUGUGACGGGUCCUCAGAUGCUUUUGAAGAAGAAAUACGCCGAUGCUAUGGAAACGAUUGAACAGAGAAUAAAAGCGGUGACGAGGUUUUUGCAGGAGAUUUUGCCUGCCUCGGUCAGUUUUGCUAUUUACCAGAUUGACGAUGUUUGUGGUCCUACUGGGUUCAUCAAGGACAUUGAUGCCUUGGUGAUAAGUGAGGAAACGAGAAAAGGCGCCGAUUUCGUGAAUGACUACAGAGAAAAGCAAGGAUUUCCCGAGUUGGAAGUGGUCUCUGUCGAUGUCCUCGGUGCAACAGGCAAGGAGGAUGAGAAUUGGCAGGGCAAAAUCAGCUCUACCGACUUGCGUGAAGAGGAACUCAAGAGAGUCAAGAAACAGCGCCUUCACUAG